AUGUCUACCAAAGCUGGUUGGCAAUUUCAAUGUUCCAACUCAAAUUGCUCACCAUUGGCCGUUGUUAUUGUGCCGAAUAUCCGCCAGUGUCAAAUGGCUUGUUUAGCUGAAAUCCAUUGUAAAGCAAUUAGUUUUCAUAAAUCAUCAUCUAAUUGUGAAUUGUUUGCUGACAUAUCAAACCAAAAUUACAAUCUCGUGCUCGAUGUAGACACUGUUACUAUGAUUAUUAUGGAUGGAACACGAAUUCCACCCGGGAUCGAUCAACUAACUCCAGCUCCAAUAUGA